AUGUGGCCAUUCGCGAGCCGCCCUGCUAAAGAGGCUAUCGAGAAAAGAACAAACCUCGUAUCCUACUCGACGGACAUCGAGGAUGGCGUCGUUACAGAAACUCAUUUAAUGAAUAAUGACGUGAAGAACUUUACGUGGAAAGGGGUGACGGUCACUGUGAAGGACAGUAAAACAGGUGCUCCUAAAGUUAUUCUUGAUAACAUUGACGGAGUGGUUCAAGCAGGAGAAAUACUUGCCUUGAUGGGGCCGAGUGGGUGUGGUAAAACAAGUCUGCUUAAUGUCCUUGCUCGAAGAGAUGUCUCUGUUGCUGCAAAAGUCGAAGGUACCGUUCUGAUCAACGGAAACGUUGCCUCGACAUCUUCCUUUCGUGAAAUGACAUCGUACGUGGAGCAAGAAGAUGCUCUUAUUGGGUCUUUGACCGUGAUGGAGACAAUGUAUUUUGCUGCGCGUCUUUCGCAUAAGAACACCUUAACGAAGGCGGCUAGAAUACGACGAAUUAGUACGCUAAUUGCAUCAUUCGGUUUGACGAACCAAGCGAACAAUAUCAUUGGAACACCAAUUAGAAAAGGAAUCAGUGGAGGACAAAAGAGACGACUCAGUGUCAUCAGUCAAUUGAUCACUGCCCCAAAGAUCUUGUUCCUGGAUGAACCUACAAGUGGACUCGAUUCGACAGCAAGCUCGGAAGUCAUAUCAUUUGUGAAAAAUGCGGCAAAGAAGAACAAUUUGAUCGUCAUCUGCAGUAUUCAUCAACCAUCUACGACUACUUUUCAGCUUUUUGACAAACUGCUUCUCCUUUCAGGUGGCAGAUCUCACUACUUUGGCUCUGUUGCUGGAAUUCAAGACCACUUCAACUCUCUGAAUCAGCCACUACCUCUGCAUAUGAACCCGGCUGAGUUCCUCCUUGACCUCAUGAAUACAGAUUUUGCGAGAGGGCACGAAGAUGCGGAAGCUCGGCUGUCAAAUAUCCACCGCGGUUGGCUAAAUUCAGAACUGGCUAAGGACCUCGAUACACAAAUCACUUCAGCCCAGAGUAAUAACCUUCCUCUUCCGGAUUCCACAUCUUCAACUCGCAGUUUCUUUAUCGAUGUUGCUACACUCGUUCAUCGCUCCUUUAUCAAAUCCUAUCGCGACGUGGUGGCUUACGGUAUCCGUAUCGCAAUGUACUUCGGCCUCGCAGUCAUGAUGGGUACUGUUUGGCUUAGGAUGGACUAUGACCAGAGGUCAAUCCAGCCAGUCAUUAAUGCAAUAUUUUUCGGCGGAGCCUUCAUGUCUUUCAUGGCAGUAGCAUAUGUGCCUGCUUUCCUCGAAGACCGGGCGAACUUUGUCAAGGAGAGACAUAACGGCCUUUAUGGUGCGACCGCUUUCAUGGUCUCCAACUUCAUCAUCGGCCUCCCGUAUCAGUUUCUCAUCUCCAUCCUUUUCUCCAUUAUCGCAUACUGGCUCUCAAACUUUCGACCAACAGCAGAUGGAUUUUUCUUAUGGGUUAUGUGGCUAUUCCUCGAUCUCGUCGCCGCAGAAUCGCUUGUGGUCCUCGUUUCCUCGAUUUUCCCUAUUUUUGUUGUCGCACUAGCACUGACUGCUUUUGCUAACGGUUUGUGGAUGUGCGUCGACGGUUUCAUGGUUACACCCGCUAUCCUGAACGUUUUUUACAAGUACGUCUUCAGUUACAUCGAUUACCAAUCCUAUGUGUUCAAAGGCAUGAUGGUCAACCAGUUUGCCGAAUCAACAUAUACUUGUGGAUCGAAAUGCGAAUGCAUGUAUGUCACACCUUUAGCUGCUGAAUGUAAGAUUGCCGGGCAAGGUGUUCUGGAUCAGUAUGAUUAUAACACUGGGAACACGGGAAAGUGGGUUGGUAUUCUAUUGGGUAUUGUUCUUGGCUACAGAAUGCUGGGUACUCUCGUGUUGAUGGUCAAGAAGCAUUAG